AUGGAAAUUAGUUUCGAGGGGGAAGAAAAACAUAAUUCUAGCGACUUAUGCCUCGAAAACGAGGAGAUUAUGUAUCGCAUAUACAAGUAUGGUAUAAUGUGUUAUGGACUCAUGUGCUUUAUCAUGGCGCCAACGAUCACACCAGUGUUGGACAUCGUUUUACCUCGUAACGAAACGCGCAUAAGAGGCUUAGGAUUCGAUCUUGAUUAUGGUGUUGACAUGCAGGUGUAUUGGUUUUGGUUAUGGUUACAUACUAACAUAGCAGGAAUUGUAGUUAUGUUUAACAUCAUUGCCGCGGAUAUAAUGUUUAUUACACUCACCAUUCACACGUGCUACUUGUUUGCAAUAGUAAGAUAUAAAUUAGAACAUGUAACUGAUUCAAUUGGAGAACGCAGCGUGAGAUCUUGUGAUAUUCGUAAUUUUAACAUCGAAUACAACCCUUACCAAUGUGAAGGAGAGCAAAUGAAAUUAGAACAAGCUACUGCCAUAAAAGAAUGCGUCCUUAGUCACAAGAAAGCGAUAGAGUUGAUAUCUUGUAUAUCUCUUUUAAUUAGAUCCGCACAAUUAUUACACUACAUUUAUGCAUGGAGCCUCCUCAUUGGAGCAGGCUUGAAUGUAAUCACCAUAAGUAUCGCGGCGGUCCAACUAGUGAGCAAAAUGUUUCAAUGGGCCGAAAUGAUGAUGUCCGCUGCAUUCGUAAUUGGCGUAAUGAUGCACUUGUUCUUCCUUAGUUUAAUGGCACAAUUUAUACUGGAUGAAAGUAUAAACAUUCACGAAUCAACAUAUUCGAGUUCUUGGUACAAUAUGUCUGCCAUGGUACAAAAAGAUUUCAUAUUGAUUUUAAUGAAAAGUCGUUCACCGUGCCAGUUGAUGGCUGGAAAAUUGUUUGUUAUGUCGCUAGAAAAUUAUUGCGCGAUGAAAAUACUGUUACGGCAAAUUCAAACAGAAUGGGAGAGAGUGUCGAGCAAAGGGGAAAAUAAAAUUCUACAGAAUUACGCGUCAGAAACGAAGACAUUUUGUAUCGUAUACGCAAUAAUUAUGUGCGGUGGACUUAUGUGCUUCAUUCUAGCACCGACAAUUUCGCCGAUGCUGGAUAUUGUUUUACCUCGUAAUGAGACCCGCCUAAGAGGCUUAGGCUUUGAACUUGAUUACGGAGUUGACAUACAAACCUAUUGGUUCUGGUUAUGGUUGCACAGCAACAUGGCUGGGACGGUGGCUAUAUUUAACAGCAUCGCCGCGGAUACAAUGUUUAUUAUAUUAACCAUUCAUGCUUGCUACUUGUUUAUGAUAGUAAA